GAACCAUAUAUCCCAAACCGAAAUUUUGAAUACCAAUUAGGUUUCUUCAAAGAAAAAGAAAUUAAAAAUCCCAAUUAGUUUUUGAUCUUCCUCCUCCGUUCUGCUCUCCACCGCCGCGCCGACGCUCUCUUUUUCUUCCACCGGCACCGUCGUUCGAGUUUCGUGUUUGCUUCAACGGUGUAAGCCUUAUCCCAUGGAUCGAUCCCUGAAUCUACUCGAUUUAGCCUUAGGGUUUGAUCAGCAGCUACUUGAUCCAUCGCCUCUAAGUGGGAAAGUAGUACUAAUCGAGGACUGUGUAGAGACUAGUGGUUCCUUUGUGCUUCACCAGGUGAUGAAGCGUGUUCUCUCCACUAAUUCCUCUGACGCCCUUAUCUUUCUCGCCUUUGCUCGUCCUUUCUCUCAUUAUGAUCGAAUCCUGCGUAAACUGGGAUGCAAUUUAGCCGCUCAAAAGACAAACAAUAGAUUGGUUUUCUUCGACAUGCUUAUGAUGAAGUGUUCAGAUGGUGAAGAAAUCGAAGACAAUGUAAGUGCUGUUGCAAAACUAUUUCGGGAGAUACAAGAAACGGUUCGAAAGCUACGCAGUUUAACUAAUAGCAACAUAACCGUUAUGGUCGAUGACAUGUCUCUCCUUGAAAUUGCUGCUACCGGUAGCAAUUCAGAUCGCGUCUUGGACUUCUUGCACUACUGUCACUCUUUAACUUCUGAAACCGAUUGUUCGCUGGUGAUUCUCAAUCAUGAAGAUAUAUAUUCGAGCAUGGAGAGACCUGCGUUUUUGCUACAUAUGGUAUGCCUUGCAGAUGUUGUCAUAAAGGCAGAGCCUUUAGCCUCUGGUUUAGCAAAUGAUGUACAUGGCCAAUUGAUUGUUCUGAACAAGGGGAUAAGCAGAAGCUCGAGGAGCAAGUUGCAGAAUUUUCAAUUCAAGAUCAAAGAAAAUGGUAUUGAGUAUUUCUAUCCCGGUUCCAGAAGCUGAAGAUUAGAGAAUGUUUUGAAUGUUAUCGUGUUAUGGUAGUGAAAUGCAUUUUAGAAAAUUGUUUUUGUUUUUUUCUGUUGAAAGAUUCUCUAAACUCUGUUCAACAUUGUUACCAAAUUGUCUUCUAGUUGUCACUUUAUGACCUUACUUAGCUUAGUCCCGGUAUUAGCUUUGGAGUUAAGGCCAUGACAAGACAAUCAUUGAACAAUUCAAGCUUGAAACUGUACGGCUACUUUACUUUUUGCAGCAACGCAACAUUAUUUGAG